AAGGAAGGAGCUGAGGCAGUUCAGUCGGAUGAACGGAGCCGAGCGUGUGUGUCGCCCUUGUCGUUUUUUUACAGCAGAGAAAAGCAGCGUCCGGCAGCGCGAAACCUGCCCCAAAAUGAUGCUCAAACUCGUCCAUCUCCUCGGGGUGCUGGUCUGCGGCAGCCAAGCCGCCCUGCAGGUGUCCAUAUCCUUGAACAAAGUGGAGUUAAGUGUCGGAGAGUCCAAGUUCUUCAUCUGCACAGCUAUCGGCGAGCCCGUGCGGCUGGAGUGGUACAACCCCCAGGGCGAACGCAUCGUGGCAUCCAAAAGAAUGGCGCUCCACACGGAGACGUCACGAUCAAGGCUCAUCAUCUACAACGCCAUCAUCGAGGAUGCGGGUAUCUACCGCUGCCAGGCCACCGACGCCACCGGCCAUACGGAGGAGGCCUCAGUCGUGCUGGAGAUCUACCAGAGGCUGACGUUUCGGGAUGUUCAGUCGCCGCAGGAGUUCCGCCACGGCGAGACGGCCGAGGUGGUGUGUGACGUCAUCAGCUCACCUGUGCCCGUGGUGGUUUGGUACUACCAGGACAGAGAGAUCACCGAGGAGCACCACAGCAGGUACCUGGUGCUGGCAAACAACAACCUCCAGAUCCAUCAGGUGACCAAAGCCGACGAGGGCGUGUAUCGCUGCGAGGCCAGCGUGGAGGCCCGCGGGGAGAUCGACUUUGUGGACAUCGCUGUGGUCGUCAAUGUCCCUCCCGUGUUGUCCGUGUUCCAGCCGUCCUUCAACGCCACGGCAGACUACCAGGAAUCAGUCACCUUCACUUGCAUCACCUCAGGAUUCCCUGACCCGCUGGUUACAUGGCACAGGAAAGGGCAGCAGCUGGAGACGUCCGAGCAGUACUUUUUCACCAAGCUGGACGGUGGGCGGAGCAUGCUGACCAUCCGGAACAUCCGGCAGGGCGACGGGGGAAGCUACACCUGCAGGGCCACCAACAAGGCCGGAUCUCAGGAGAGGGAGCUCUUCCUCAAAGUGUUCGUCCAGCCCCACAUCACCCAGCUGAAGAACGUGACAGCCGUGGAGGGCAGCGCCGCCAUGAUCUCCUGCGUGGCUGACGGCGAGCCUCUGCCCGACAUCUCCUGGAGGAGAGCCAGCGACGGGCAGACCUUCGUGGACGGAGACAAGAGUCAGGACGGGCGGUUUGAAGUCCGCGGUCGCCAUGGAAAGUCGGUGCUGACCAUCAGCGGCGUGCGGCUCUCAGAUCUGGGUCGAUUUGACUGCGAGGCGCUGAGCAGGAUCGGAGGUCACCAGAAGAGCAUGUUCCUGGACAUCGAGUAUAUACCAAAGUUCCUGACCAAUCACACCAUCUUCUACUCGUGGGAGGGGAACCCGGUGAACAUCAGCUGUGACGUCAUGUCCAACCCUCCGGCCACCAUGCUGUGGAGGAGAGAGCGCUUCACCAUCUCUGCAGAGGGGACGGCCAACACGCGGGUGCACAGCGCAGAGGGCAAGUCUGUGCUGGAGGUCACUCCGAUGUCCGACAGGGACUUUGGCCGCUACAACUGCACAGCCAGGAACAACAUCGGAGUGCGAUACCAGGAGUUUAUCCUGGCACAAGCAGAUGUGCCGUCCAAUCCGUACUCGGUGCGUCUCUCAGCUGUCUCCCAGCGCUUAGCGACCGUGACCUUCAUGAAGCCCGACUCGCACGGCGGCGUUCCCAUCAGCUACUACCUGGUUCAGUACAAGGAGGUGGGCUCUCAGGACUGGAGGGCCGUCAAGUCACACAGUGUACAGACGACCGUGGUGCUGACAGGACUCGAGCCCAACACGACGUACGAGGUCCGGGUGGCAGCUGUCAACGGGAAGGGUCAGGGCGAGUUCAGCCACACGGAGUCCUUCCAGACUUUACCCAUCAGGGAGCCAAGUCCGCCGGCGGUCCACGGGCAGAGGGGGAUGGGGAAGGCGUAUAGACUGGGGUUGGUCAAGCAGGACGACGGAGGGAUGCCCAUCGUGGAGUACAUAGUCAAGUACAAGACUGAUAAAGAGGAGCAGUGGAUGACCAAGUUGGUGCCAGGAGCCAAUGACUUCGCCAUGCUGCAGCCGCUGCAGUGGAACACGAGAUACGAAGUGGAAAUCACGGCGCGCAACGUCAAGGGCUUGUCGGAGCCGACCUUCUAUCAGUUCUUCAUGCCGCAGAAACCCGACAUUACAGCAGAAUCCCUGUUCAGCGGCCUGGGGCUGGGCGCGGUGGUCGGCCUCGGCCUGGGAGCGCUGCUGCUGCUGCUCGUGCUGGUGGAUGUCAGCUGCUUCUUCCUGCGUCACUGUGGCCUGCUGAUGUGCAUCACGCGCACAAUCUGCAGCAAGAAAACAGCCACCAGCGGCAAGGGCAAAGAAAUGGAAGAGGGCAAGGCCGCCUACCUGUACACCUACAACAGCCGCCCAACCACCCUUUCAGCCACAGAAACUACCGCUGAAGGAAGAAAAUGGAAAAGAGUCUCUCAAGCCAGAUACGAUUGAAAUCAAAGUGCACAGCGACAACAGCAUCCACACAAAGCCCGACAUCAGCAAAGCGUAAAAGGGUCCGGUCCCCUCGCCACCAAAAGAACAUUCGGAUCACGAGACCAAAACCCAGAGAAACUUCAGCACUGGAAAAUAGUGGAGUAAAAUACCAUAUCUGUUUAUAACAAUGCCCAAGUGAAAGGCAUGUGUAAAUACAAAUAAUAAGGAGAAAAUAGAAAGAGAGAAAGGGUCAAACUUUUACACACCCUGAGUGAUAUAUGUAUCAAAAAACAUGGCAUCAGUGGAAAGCUCUUGUUGAUCAAUGAUUGUAUUUUCUUUGUCUCUCUUUUUGUUGUGUCUGGUCAUAAAUGUUGUUUUUUCCCUCUUCUUUGUGUUUUACAACCCUAAAAAGAUUUCCGUACCCAAUCCCUACCAUGACCUCUUCCACAAAUGCAAGCAAAGCUAACCUGCUAGCUCGAUGUUAGCUUCCACAGCUAAUACUCUUGGUCGGAGGGAACGCACGGCUAACAUGAGGCUAAUGCUGAAUUAUUUCAAGCUAGCUAGCUUCAGCAAAGGGUAAAUUGUGCAAUGAGACUUUGAGGUUGUAUUUCUUAAAGGAAUCUUGACUCCAGGUACUUGUGAGAUAUUUUACAAGGAUGAAAAAGUAUCCAACAGGAUGCAAUCAUAGAUUAUUAUUAAGAAGAAUUUGAUUAAUAUGGCUUUCUGAAGGGCUAUUGUGGAUCAAAGCUUCCACUGCAGGAACACAAACCUAAAACAUAUUGAAGAAAAUUUAGUCUUUGACGUCUAAAGACUCAUAUUUGCACUGAUGUCAUUAUUGGCGCACUCUUUACGCUGAUGACACUCUUCUAUUCACUAACAACGUUUGCCUACAGACUGCACUGCAAACUAAUGUACGCUUUGAGAUCAUGUUAGUUAUCAAUAUUAAAGAGUUGAGAGCCUUCCCUUAAAAAAAAUAUCCUGAAUGGUUGUUAUGUAAUUGUUGCUGUCUUUAGAGAAAGCAGUGACUGGAAGGACUCAAAGCAUGGGAACAACUGAGUAAAGAAAACAAUCAACAUGCCCGUCAUCGAUGUUUUUAAUCACAAAAAAAACAUUUUCUUUAUCCAUACCUGUCUCAGAUGUUUUUUUAAGCUUUUGUUCUUGAUCUAAAUCUCUCUGAUGUUGUCAUGUGUUGUACAUAGGUGAAAAAAAAAGAAUAUUUUACAAAGCUUUUAUGUAAAUAUACCCUAAAGGAUGUGUCUUUUUUCAAAAUGCAACAGGCUUGGCUUUUUUCUUGAGAACACUCCUCAGACGAAAAGCUGUUUUCUUUCUUCUUCUUCUUCUUCUUCUUCUUCUUUUCUUGUGUUUUGGUCCAAAGUUUAGUGACGGUGUACUAUUACUUUUCCUUGUCAUUUGUUUCCCUUAAGAAAGCCCAUGCCCUAAGGCUAUUUCACGGCAUUCCAAUGCAGACAGUAAUUACGGCAUUAGUGUGCCUUUUUUUUCUUCUUUCCCUCUCGUGGCCCGAUGCCGCCGCAGCAGUGUAGACCAUCCAAUUCAGUUUUUGAUCGCUGCUUAUUCUUUUUUUUUGCCACAGAAUGUGUCAGACAAUUGAAUAUUAAUGUGGUGCUUUGGAUUCUGGGAAACGUAGUGUUAGGACUGUGGGUUGUAGUCGACCACACUGGACAGAGGCAGACGUGUGUAACUACUAGAUGUCAGAUAAAUGCUGUAACCCGUGAGUGUGUUGAUGGGCUGCAGAAAUCUGGUUUAAAUGCAAUGUAAUGCAUCGUCACAUGGCCGUGUGUCAACGUGUGUGUGUGUGUGUGUGUGUGUGUGUGUGUGUGUGUGUGUGUGUGUGUGUGUGUGUGCAUACAUGCAUAUGUGACUAGUCUACAUGAAUCAGGUUGCAUGUGUGUCCGUUGAAUGUAUCUGCACUUACUGUGAGUCAUCUGUGUAUGAAUGUGUCAAUUUGAAAGAUUCUCCCAACUGAAAUAAUAAGUUUAACAAACGUCCUUUUCUGGCUUUUUUUUUUCAUUUUAUUUAUUUGUUUAUGUGUUGAACUAUUUAUUUUAGAUUGAAUUAUUCAGUACCAUGAUGCAUUGCAGCCCUGCAAGUCAUAUAUGACCACGUGCCAAGUAUGAAUGUCCAAUCUCUGUGAGUGUGGAGUGACUUGGCAAGAGCUCUUACCCCGAGUUUCACAGGGCGCUCCGAUAGGUAAAACCUGAUUAUGUAGUUCUCGACAGUGAUUAAUUCCCCGGGCUGCAGCACUCCACUCCGCAUGUGUGUGUGUGUGCCCACUUCUCCCCGGCUCUCAGACUCCACUGGUUUUUAUCUCAGACCUCAUAGUGCUGGCUUUGUUUCCUCACAGCGGGCCCUUGUACCUGCAUAUCUCAAACGGAUGGUCCUGCCAUGGAGUGGUUCCGCUGCCUGUUACGAUGACUGUAAAUAUGGGAGCCUGGAGUGCCUGGAGGCUAUACGAUUUGUACAUGUUCUUUUGUAUUUGAAUAUGAGUCGAAAAAUACCCAACUCCCUCCUCUCCUUCUUCUCCUCUCCCCCCUCCCCCUCCUCCUCCUCCACCAAACCUCAGUCCUUUUUCUGUAGGGGGUAAAACAGGUGUGUUUGAGCUCAGUGUACAGUAUGUGUCCUCUUGUCCCCAUGCUCCCUGUGUCUCCUGGACUGUCCCCGCUGAGUGUGCUUUGUGCAGGAGGUGGGAACUAUUGAUGUCUCUCUGUACGUACCUGUGGAAACACUUGUGACUCCUGUCAUUUGCCGCUGUAAAUAAACAUGUCCUGGUAGAAGAGCGUG